AUGACUUGGACAAGCAAGGAUGCAGAUAUCGCCAAGUUACAUAACUGCAUUCAAGGUUACAACAGCACCCUCAAUACCCUUAUGUUGCAGUUUCACAUCGAUGCGAUCGACGUCGAAGACAAAAAGAGAGACGAGCAUUACGCCAAGGAGGAGGCAUUCAGGCAAAGGGCGCAGGAUUGGGCAUUACAGGCGUCCCACAACGCAACGACGCAGAACAAGACGAUCAACAACGCUUGUUCCAUGGUGAGAGUUGUAUUUACCACAGUCUGCCGAGAUGUAAAGUGGACGCUCGGGAAUGUCGCCGAGGCCACGCAGCAUACUUUGGGCAACAAUGGAUGGUUGAACCCGAAAUUCUCGAAUUUCCAGGAGCCAGUCAGGGUAGAAGACGCUUUCGGAAGGUCCUUCCCCUUGGGCUCGGAGCUAAGCGUCAGCGAUCUCUUCGCGAUAGUCUACAACCGCUUCAAAGAGGGCCCCGGCUCUGGACAUAUUGCAAGUGCAACAAUCAUUGUCCAGUGGCAGAUUGUCGCUCCGAAAGAAUCAUCGUCUUGA